UCCUCCCUGCCCUAGCUCUCCAUCCCCCUCUCUUCUCCUCCACACACCAACCUGGCCGCUCGAUCGAGCGCAUCAUCAUUUGCUCGCAGCAGGCCGGGCACGCGUAUGAGCGAAGCGAGAGAGCCAGCGCGCAGAAGCAAACAAGUGGGGAGCUAGAGGGAGCUCACAGACCACACAGGCGGGGAGUGGUGGGAGGAGGAGGAGGAAGAGGAGUCAAGAGAGCGAGCUCAUAGCCUCAUACGUGCGUGCGGCGACGUCGUCGUACGUACGAUGUCGGCGUCGGGCGCCGCGUGCCGCGUGUGCGGUGGCGCGGGGGAGUGCGGCGCGUGCCAUGGGCACGGGAUCGGCGGCGGGCGGUGCGGGGUCGCUGUCGCCGACCUCAACCGCGGGUUCCCCGGGAUGUGGCACCAGGCGGCGGAGGAGGAGCACGGCCACGGCAUCGUCGUCGGCGGGGGCGCGGCGGCGGCGGCGGGGCUGCAGGAGUUCCAGUUCUUCGGCCACGACGAGGACCACGAGAGCGUGACGUGGCUGUUCAACGACCCGGCGCCCCACCUGCACCGCGGGCCGGCGGCGGCCGCGGUCGGGAACGGGGUGGCCGAGGCCGCCGAGCAGCGGAGGGCGCCGCCGCUGUUCGACGGGUACGCGCACGUGCAGUACGGCCAGAUGCCGGGCCACGGGCUCACGUUUGACGUGCCGCUGAGCCGGGGCGGCGAGGCGGCCGCCGCGGCGGUCCUGGAGGCCGGGCUGGGGCUCGGCGGCGGCGGCAGCAACCCGGCGACGUCCAGCGCCACAAUCAUGACCUUCUGCGGCGGGAGCACGUUCACUGACGCGGCGAGCUCCGUCGUCCCGGGCGAGGUCGCUGCGGCGGCGAACGGGAGCUCGAGCGGCGGCGGCGGGGACCCGGCGAUGGACCGGGAGGCGAAGGUGAUGCGGUACAAGGAGAAGCGGAAGCGGAGGCGCUACGAGAAGCAGAUCCGGUACGCCUCGCGCAAGGCCUACGCCGAGAUGCGGCCGCGCGUCAAGGGCCGGUUCGCCAAGGUGCCCGACGGCGAGGCGCCGGCGCCUCCGGCCGCUGCGGGCUAUGAGCCCGGCCGGCUCGACCUCGGAUGGUUCCGUUCAUAGCCAGGAUCGAUGUACCCGACGUACGUACGUUUAUAUGCCGGCCGGAGCAUUAGCUAGCAUAGGCCACUGGUCAAUUGAAGGUACGCACGGAAAUGUAUAUGUGAUCCAUCGACGUACACAUGACUAGCUAGCCCUGAAGAAUAUAUUGAUACUUACGAGAACAGUACAGCAACAAUUGCAACGAUCAUGUUGAGAUGCUUGAUUGA